AAUACUUAGUUCUGAAACCAAUUUACGCCCUUCCUUUCAUGAUCCAUGGGUUCAGACAUAAAGGAUGGUGAAAUGAUGUCCACCACCCCUCCCAGAACUCAGAAAAGCCCUGAUGCAGCCCAUGUGGGGCCCCUUUAAACAGGGAAAAAGAGCACUAUUUAGCCGUGUGGCUCCUGCGCUUAGUUACAGGUGCAAGCUAAACUUAUAUAUACUGCGUUUGGGCAAUGGGAAGUGGGAACUGGAAUUUGACGGGUUUCUGGUAUCGUAUUGAGUAUUGAAUGGUUUUACAUGAUUUUAGAGCAGUGAUGCAUUCAAGCUCAAUAUCGAUGCGUAAAUGGCGUCUAUCGCGUCAUCGCUGCUAAGCCUUAAUAGAAAAGCACGAGCCCUGCUUGUCAUUUACUCCCGCAUAUCAGAGCAAAACAACGGAUACCAUCAUCUAUGUUGGUUUUCCAAACCCUUCAGUUCAUGGGCUUUGGCCAUAAAAAGAGCUUCCUCUCCUUACAAUGCCUUAAGAAUCUAUACUCAAAUGCAGCGCCAAUCCAUCCCAUUCGAUAGCCACUCUAUCUUAUUCACAUUGAAGUCUUGUACCCAUUUGCUGAACCUUCCUCUUAUCCGUCAUCUACAUUCCCAUCUCCUCAAAAUCGGCUUCAAUUCUCAUGUCUAUGUUGCUACGUCGCUUCUGUAUGCCUACGUUGUUGUUUCGUUCGAUGAUGCACGUUUACUGUUCGAUGAAAUUCCUGAGAAAAAUACUGUCACUUGGAAUACUAUGAUCACUGGUUAUUUCAAGUUGGGCAACGUUGAGAAAGCUCGUUUGGUAUUUGAAAGUAUGCCUGAUAGAGACCUUGCGUCAUGGUCUGCCAUGAUCUCCGGGUAUAUGGGUCUUGACGACUGGGAACGAGGGAUGGCACUCUUUCGUGAAUUGAUGGUAAAUGAGCUUUCUAAACCUGACCAAGUGACCUUAGGUUCGAUUUUAUCAGGUUGUGCCCAUAUGGGUUCUCUUGGGUUAUUGGUGGGCAAAUCAAUACAUGGUUUCACGGUGAAGAACGAGUGGGAAUUGAAUGUGGCGCUUGGGACAGUUCUGCUCGACAUGUAUGCCAAAUGUGGAUUUUUGAAGAGCAGUUACCUGAUUUUCGAGAGGAUGCAGGAGAGGAACGUCCUGUCUUGGAGUGCAAUGAUAUGUGGACUGGCCCAUAACGGAUGUGCUGAAGAGGCUCUCUCUAUGUUUGAGAAGAUGAAAGAAGCUGGCAUCAGACCCAAUGAGAUCACCUUCAUAGGGAUUCUUAGUGCAUGUACACAUGCUGGAUUGGUCGAUGAAGGCCAGCAACAUUUCUGUAGUAUGGUUCAAGAGUAUGGGUUGGAACCAAGGAUUCAAAAUUAUGGGUGCAUGGUGGAUUUAUUAGGCAAAGCAGGCUUGUUAGAAGAAGCUUAUGAAGUCAUCAAGACAAUGAAGCUUGAACCGAAUGCCAUAGUGUGGAGUUCUUUCUUGGCAGCUUGUAAAUUGCAUAAGCAGUUUGAGAUGGCUGAGAGAAUGAUUGAACAGGUUUUGCAGGUUGUGAAGCCUGAGAAUGAUGGAGGGGUUUAUUCUCUAAUAUGUGAUAUAUAUGUUCUGAAUGAGAAAUGGGAAGAUGCAGAAAGGGUGAGGAAUUUGAUGGCUAAUCAAAAUGUGAAAAAGGUCAGAGGAUCAAGUUUCAUUAGAAGUGGAGCAACAUGGAUUUAAUCAGUUUUGUUUCCCAACAGAGUCAACUAAGUAUUCAUGAUUUCUCAAAGACUGCUGAAGACAUUUUUUUUAAUGUGUCUGGCCCAUAGCUCUUACUGGAUGUAGUUUUGUUGACUACAGUUAUAUCUGUCUUCAGAUUGUGACCCAAUUUAAUGAAUUGCGCAAUUAAAUUUGGCCAUUUUCUUGAGUUGUUGUAAAAUGCAAGGAAGCUUGAGUUGCUUAGAUGGAACAAAUCUGUAAUCUAAAACCCUGUGGUGGGAGAGAGUUUUUUCAUUCCUUUGUUUUAUUGUAUAAAUUUCAUUUUUUCUUUAAGAUGAAUGAGAAAAAAUUGUUGCUCUAUCGGAUUUGAGGUA